UCCGCACAACAUGGCUGCGCAGCGUAGGACUCUGAUGCAGAGCCACCAGAGCUGGACUGAUGAUCUGCCUCUGUGUCAGCUGUGUGGGGUCGGUUCGGCCCCAAACUGUGUGUACGGCCCGGAUGGGAAAGGGUCUCAGAGUCACCCGAACGAGGAUGGACACUUCCGCUUCAGUACGGAGUGCUGUUUCCUGUACGGGGUGUUUAACGGGUAUGAUGGCAGUCGGGUGGCGAAUUUCGUGUCUCAGUGUCUGACAGCAGAACUGUUAUUGGGUCAGCUGAGCUCCAGUCACACGGACGCUGACGUGCGCAGAAUUCUCUCGCAGGCUUUUGAUGUUGUAGAGAAAAGUUACUUUGAGACCAUCGAUGAUGCUCUUGCAGAGAAAGCAAACCUUCAAACACAACUUCCUGAGGGUGUGUUUCUCACAGCUCAGACUCAGAAGAUCUCAGAGCGAUUGAAGACUUUAGAACAGGAAGUUUCAGGUGGAGCCACAGCAAUAGUUGCCCUGAUACUCAAUAAUAAACUCUACAUCGCUAAUGUAGGUACCAAUCGAGCUCUUCUCUGUAAAACCAGCACUGAUGGUCAGAAUCAGGUGAUCCAGAUCGGUCAAACGCACACAACCGACAACGAUGAUGAGCUGUCCAGACUUGCCCAGCUGGGUCUAGAUCCGGUGCGUCUGCGGCAGGUCGGUCUGAUUUCGGGUCAGAGCAGCACUCGACGGAUUGGAGAUUAUAAAGUCAAAUUCAACUACACCGACAUCGACGUGCUCAGCGCAGCGAAGAAUAAGCCAAUCAUUGCUGAGCCUGAGAUCCACGGUGGCCAAUCACUGGAGGGCGUUGGCGGUUUCCUGCUGCUGAUGUCAGAGGGGCUCAUCAAAGCGCUUGAGUCUGCGCAUGGACCUGAACAAGUCAACCAGGAGAUCGUUGCCAUGGUAGCAGCAGAGCUGGUGCUGCAGAGCAGUCUGGAGGCUGCGGCGCAGUCUGUGGUGGAGCGUGUCAAACGUCUGCAUCAUGAUGCGUAUGUGAGCGGCAGACAGCGGGUGCCACACUGCGCUCGACAUGAAGACAUGACACUGCUCGUUAGAGUCAUUAACUACACGCUCGCUGACAGCUUGCUCACACCUACACAAGGUGGGCGCAUCUACCCCGUGUCUGUGCCGUACUCCAAUCAUCAGAGCACCAGUAAAACCAGUGUGACUCUGUCUCUGGUCAUGCCAUCCACGGGAACGCUCACUAACGGCUCCAACACAGCGUCCACUCUGGAGGGAGACACGCCUACUGCUGGUCAGAGCCCGACGGCGACGCUGCAGUCGACCAACACACACACUCAGAGCUCGAGUUCCAGCUCCGGUGACGGCAGUCUGUUUCGACAGAGAGGAAGUCAGGCCGCUCAGCCCGACGAAACCGGACGCGUGCCGCCGUACGUGGACUUCACACAGUUCUACCGGCUCUGGGGGACGGACUACGGUGACGGCCAGGGCCUGCCUGCAGAACUCGGACCUCAGUGAAGAGACCAAUCAAAACGCAGAGAAGUGGGAGGGUCAUGCAGUGUGUCCAAUAGGAACACUGCUUUCUGAACGUUCUGGUGUCAGCAUGAAUUAUCAACUCAGAUUAAUGAUGUGGAUCACAGAAACAAAACACACAAACCAUGUAUAGAAUAUUUUUUUACAGUUGUGAACAGGUAACCGUCUAGUCAGUGAGAUUAUCUAUUUUUUUUUUUGGG